AAUAUAAUUUUGCAUUCCAGCCGUACACUCUCAUCUCCAUAGCAACUCUCACCCCUCCCUCCCGCGAUUGCAGGUGUCUUGGUUUCUCUCUCCUUUUUUGUUUUUUUUUUUUCCUCUCCUCAAAUUCCUUCCCUUCGAUCCCAAUUCAAUUGAAUCUCCCUUCUUCCGGAUUCUAGGGUUUUCGUUAUUCGCAUGCUCGGAUUGGAUCCUUUUCUUUGUUCGUUGCUCCGAUUGGAUUGAAAUCCCCGUGCCGUGAAUCGGGCGACUCGCUAGGGUUUCCCCGGGGGUUCUGUAGAUCUGAGUACUCUUCGGCUUGUGGAGGCAAUUUCUUCGAGGAAUUCAACAUGUUUUGGCGCAUGGCGGGAUUGUCCACUGCGUCUCCUGUGGAGACAAUUUUGGACAAAGACAAUUUCACAUUGGAGGAACUUCUAGAUGAAGACGAAAUCAUUCAAGAGUGUAAAGCUCUUAAUGGGCGCCUUAUCAACUUUUUGAGAGAAAGAGUCCAGGUUGAACAGCUUCUGCGAUAUAUUGUCGAAGAAUCUCCUGAAGAUGCUGAAAAGAGGCGAACUUUUAAAUUUCCUUUUAUUGCCUGUGAGAUUUUUACUUGUGAAGUUGAUAUCAUUCUCAAAACGUUGGUAGAGGAUGAGGAGUUGAUGAACCUGUUGUUUUCCUUUUUGGAACCAAAACACUCUCAUAGCACGCUUCUUGCUGGGUACUUUAGCAAGGUUGUCAUAUGCUUGCUGUUGCGCAAGACGGUUCCAUUUAUGAACUAUAUUCAAGCUCAUCGGGAAAUUGUCCAAAAGCUAGUUGAUCUGAUUGGGAUCACAUCCAUUAUGGAGGUCUUGAUACGGUUGAUUGGUGCUGAUGAACAUAUGUACUCAAAUUAUACGGAAGCAAUGCAGUGGAUACAAGAUACUGAUGUGCUGGAGAUGAUUGUUGACAAAUUCAGUUCUUCAGAUUGUCCUGAAGUACAUGCUAAUGCAGCGGAAACUCUUUGUUCUAUAACACGUUUUGCGCCUGCUGGACUUUCUGCAAAAAUCUCCAGUCCAAGUUUUGUUGGAAGGUUGUUUCGUCAUGCUUUGGAGGAAUCACGGCCAAAUUCUGUUUUAAUUAACUCAUUGUCGAUAUGCAUCUCUUUGUUAGACCCUAAGAGAUUAACCUUGGGAACUUAUCAUAUGUUUGGUCGUCAAAUGAUUCAUGGAUCAACUGUAACCGCUAAUCCUGAGACAGUUGAGGGCAUGCUGGAGAGUCUAGGUGAUUUACUCAAGCUUUUAGAUGUUUCAUCUGCAGACAACAUCUUGCUAACCACAUAUGGCAAGCUACAGCCCCCUCUUGGGAAACAUCGUUUGAAGAUUGUAGAGUUCAUUUCGGUAUUACUGACUGUUAGCAGUGAAGCUGCUGAGAAGGCAUUGAUUAGUCUUGGAGCUGUGCAAAGAAUUUUAGAAUUGUUCUUUGAGUACCCAUUCAAUAACUUUGUGCAUCACCACACAGAGAACAUUAUAAUAUCAUGUUUGGAGAGCAAGAAUGCUCCACUUGUAGAACAUCUGCUUCGUGACUGUAAUCUUGUUGGGAGGAUACUUGAAGCCGAAAAGAAUUUCACAUUGGCGGCUGAUUCAAACAAGCCAACGGUCCCUGCUGAGGGUAGAUCACCACCCAGAAUAGGGAAUAUUGGACAUCUGACACGAAUUUCCAACAAACUUGUUCAACUUGCAAACACAAAUAGUGAAAUUCAAGCUUAUCUGCAGGAAAACAGCGAAUGGUCUGAUCAUACCAAUGUCCUAUCAAAGCGUAAUGCUGUGGAAAACGUUUACCAGUGGGCUUGUGGGCGGCCAACAGCUCUACACGACCGGGCCAGGGACAGUGAUGAUGAUGAUUAUCAAGAUAGAGAUUAUGAUGUUGCAGCUCUAGCAAAUAACUUAAGCCAAGCCUUUCGUUAUGGCAUUUACAGCAACAAUGAUAUGGAUGAGGGCCAUGGAUCACUUGAACGAGAUGAUGAGGAUGUGUACUUUGACGAUGAAUCUGCUGAAGUUGUCAUAUCUUCUUUGCGGUUGGGAGAUGACCAGGAAAGUGGUUCUCUCUUUACAAAUUCAAACUGGUUUGCUUUCGAGGAUGACAACAAAGUUUCCAAUGAUCGUUCAACCGGGUCACUUGCUUCUCCUUCACCUAAUGCAGAGGGAACUGGUGCGGUCAAUGGUAGUGGUGAUGAUGUUAUUGUUGGUGAAGAUGAGGAAUUGGUUGACACUGCAACAUCCUCUCCAGAACCAGAAGCAAAAUCAGAAGACACUGUCCCUGUACCCACUGAUUUAAGAGAAGUGGAAUCAAAAGAAACUGAUAAACCGCCUGAGUGGGUUGAAUGGAGGGAGAGUUCAGACUCUGGAGAACCGACUGAUAUUCUACCAAAUGGCGAGCUACCAACGGAAUCCUCAGAUGCAGCUAAACCUUCUCCAUCAUCCGCUGAUACAUCAGUAAAUGAUGAUGAAAUUGCCGCCGAAUCUUCUGCAGCAGCACCAGAGGAUGAGACCCCAAGUUCAAUUCAUUCUCAACCUGAAGUAUCAGUUGAAGUGGCUCCAAUUUCAAACCCAACCACUGCUGACAAUGCAACAACUGUUGUAGUAGAAGAAGGCUCUUCUGAAGCUGCUGCUGAAUCUGAUAAAAAGGAGAACGAGGUAGAAGGGAACUGAUGUAAAUUCUCAAUAUUGGUUUAACUGCGCUAACUCGAAAUUCAUGCAAGAUUGAUUAGAUGGGAAGUUGGAUUUAGUCAAUUUGCUUGGCCAAGGCAACUGUAUUUAUGGAGCCUUCCUGCUCGACAUGAUGGUGCAGUGUUAAACGGGGCUGCUGAUUGUUCUGUGCGCACCUGAGAAGUUUGCUUCUCUAAGGGAAGAAGGGUCCUGAUUUGCAACCUUUUCUAGCCAGUAAUUCAAUGUUUCAUAUCAACUCCAUAGUUUUCUUGCUUAGGCAAAAACGACCUCGGGAUUCCUCACGGGUUUCAUACAUUUUCAUAAGGAUCUGUCAAUAUAUAUUCCAGUUCUUCCUUACGUAGUAUUGUUUUGACGAUUGAAAUUAUCUCGGUAGUUAUCUGAAUGCCAUGAUUACCAUUCUUAUUUUUGCCAA